AUGAAUGUGAGGCAUGCAAUCGUAGAAGAUUCUACUCAGAAACCUCCUAAAUUCCUACACGUUUCAUUUAACCAAGACGAUUCAUGUUUUAGCACAGCUACAGAAGAUGGGUUUUUAAUCUAUAACACUGAUCCACUAUCAUGUAAGUUGACAAAAAAAUUUGAGAAUCCAAAUGAUUCUAAAAAGAAUGGUGCAGGUGGUGGUAUUGGAUUCACUAGAAUGCUCUACCGUACAAAUUAUACUGCAUUAGUUGGGGGUGGUAAGAGGCCGAAAUACUCAUUGAACAAAUUGAUCAUUUGGGAUGAUUUACAACAGAGAGAAAGCGUGGUUCUGAAAUUUAUGUCACCUGUAAAACAAGUUUUCCUAUCAAGAAUUCAUAUCGUGGUUGUACUAGACGGUAGCGUGGAAGUGUUCCAAUUUCAACCAAGUCCUAAAAGAAUUUGUCCCUCUUUAGAAAUUUCACCACAGGGCCCAGUUGACUUUGUUGUGGGAUCGCUGUUGCAUAGGAAACUUUCACAGGAAUCUUCAGAACCAGCUCUGGUGAAUGAUUCUGCUUCGCAGGGAGUUAAUGGUAUGCUUGCGUUCCCUUCAGCAAGAAGUACGGGUCAGGUUCACAUUGCAGAUUUGAGCAGAUUAAAACAUAACGAUCAAAAUCCUGAUGGUACUCAAUUGUUACCGACAUCAAUUAUAAAGGCGCAUAAGACCCCGGUAAGAUUUUUAAGACUUAAUCACCAAGGUACAAUGGUUGCUACAUGUUCAGUGCAGGGAACUUUGAUCCGACUCUUUAGUACUCAUAACGGUUCAUUGAUUAAGGAGUUUAGAAGAGGUUUAGAUAGAGCUGACAUUUAUGAUAUGGCAUUUAGUCCCAAGGGAACGAGAUUAGCUGUGGUUUCUGAUAAACAAACCUUACACGUUUUCCAAAUUUCCAUCAAGGAAACUCAUGUCAGUUCAAAUGCCAAGGAUGAAUUUAAUAAAAAUAAAAUGCAUGCCUUGAAAAAUGUUGUACCUGCAAGUUGGAAACCGAAGUAUUUGGAUUCGGUUUGGUCAAUGUGUAGUGUGCAUUUGAAAAAUCCAACGGUGAGACGCAGUGGGUUAGAUGCACAAUUCCCACAAGAUCGUUGUAAAAUUGGCUGGUGUAGAGAUAGUGGAGAUCACAAUAAUAAUGAUUUUGAUGAAGAAGAUAGCAUCGUCUUAGUCUGGAAAAAUGCAGGCAUUUGGGAAAAAUAUGUUAUUUUGGAGAAAGAACAACAGCAUCAACAACAGGUUUUUUCGGCUCAAGAAACUUUAAGAAGUGAUGGCAAUAAAAGUAACAAACCUCAGUGGGAAUUAGUUAGGGAAUCGUGGAGAGAGCUUUAA